AUGCCCGUCGCGGUGUCGUCGCCCGCGGUCUGCGCGCGAUGCGCCGACGCGACCGCGCGCCAUCGCGCGGCGUCGUGGACGACGAGCACCUUCGGACGACGUCUUCGUCGUCAUCAUCAGAUCCUCCGCGGACGGUCGCGCGAAAUCGCGCUCGCGACGCGCGCGUCGCGAGAGCUGAACCUCGUCCCGUGCGGCGACGGCUCCUCGGAUCACCUCCCUCCCGGGACGAGAGUCCCGCCGUCGCUCGCGAAGACGGUCGUGAAGCUCCCGAGACGCGACGGCGGCGUCGUCGUCGUCGGCCGCGAGCGCCCGUCCGACGUCCGCCUAAACAUCGGCACCGUGUCCGGGCAGCACGCGUCGUUCGAGCGCGACGCCGACGGCGACGUGUACGUGACCGACCGCGGGUCGUCCAACGGCACGGACGUGGACGGCAGGACGCUGAAGCCCGGGACGCGGUAUAAGCUCAGCGUGGGCGACGUCGUGACGCUGGGGGACCCGCACCUCGCGCGGUUCGAAGUCGUCGACGCCGGCGAGGGCGACGGCGACGUCGACGGCGGGUCGCCGUUCGCGGGGAUCCAAGGCGCGUUCAGAGGGCUCCAGCAGAACGUCGCGGAGGCGGAGAAGAACCGCAAGGCUGCCGCGGAGGGGAUCAGGAGCGCGCGGGAGAAGCUGCGGGGCGUCCGCGGCGCGACGACGGGGCUCUUCGGCGGGGACGGCGGCGGGGACGGCGGCGGGGACGCGGCGCGCGUCGACCCCGAGGACGUCGUCCUGUCGACGAUCGACGUGGACGCGACGUACGACGUGGAGACGGUCGAAGAACCACCGGCGCCCGAGCCCGAGCGGUCGCGGUCGCGGUCGCGGUCGCGGUCGGUUCAACCCGAGAUCGUCGAGCGAAGGGACGGCUCGUUAGCGUCCGACGCUCGCGUCGUCUUCGCGCCCGUCGGCUGGCCCGGCCCCGCGGUCGACCUCGAACCCGGCGUCCCCGUCGUCAUCGGCACCGGCCUGCGCAAGGGCGACGCGAACCUCAUCCUCACGGGCGUCAGGGGCGUGGACAGCGCGCACGCGUCCGUGCUGCGCGUCGGCGGCGGCGUGUACGUGGAAGACUUGGGCAGCGCGGCGGGAACCUUCGUCGGCGGGAGGCAGAUAUCGCCCGGGUUGCAGUACGCGCUGACGCCGGGCGCGAGCGUGAUGCUCGGCGACGGCGGGUGCGCGUUCACGGUCAAGGCGGACGUGCUCGACGACGACGACGACGAGGAGGAGGAGGAGGAGGAGGAGGAGGGAGAAGGGGGGAUGACGGCGAUGACGCCGCCGGGCGUUAUGGGCGGCGGCGGCGCGAUCGUGAGAUCCGGAGAUCCGGGCGCGGGAAAUCCGGGCGCGGCGGUCGUUCGCGACGGGUUGGACGUCUCGCUGAGCAAAGUCGACGACGGGAACGACCCCGCGGCGAGCCCGUGGGGCCUCGUCGGCGGUCUCAAGGGCAUGGGCGAAAACCUCGGCGCGGCCAUCUUCAACAGCAAGAUACAGGUCAACUACCAGUACAAACCGGAGAUCACCGUCGGCGGCGGAAACGGCGGCAAAGCGGGCCUCGCCGACCUCAAGUCCGCGCUCUUGCUCGCGCUCGCGGACACCGAGCGCGGCCUGCGCGCGGACAAAGAGCGCAAGAAGAAGAUCGAGCAGCUCGCGCGCGCGCUCGAGGCGAAGAACCCGACGCGGGCGCCUCUGAAGAGCCCUCUGAUGAACGGCCGGUGGGCGUUGCAGUAUACGACGCGCCUGAAGACGCUCGGCGCCGGCGUCCCGGGAUUCCUACGCCCCAAGGGCGCGAUCCACCAGACCGUGGACAUCUUCACGCUGCAGGUCAAGAACGAGGAGAGCUUUGAGCCGCUGCCGUUCGUCAAGUUCACCAACUCGAGCACGUCGGAUUUGAGCGCGCAGACGGAGGUGCGUUCUGUUGUACACUGGUCCCCAUACGACCGCGUCGGCGCGAGCCGCGCGGGGGUGAAGCCGAAGGACUGGCGCGUCGCCGGAAUCAAGGUGGACGCGCCGCCGGAGAGCGUCGGACGGAAGGUGUCGAACGCGGAGAUGGAGGCGUCCGGGACGGGGAGCAUGGCGUGGAUGGACACGACGUUCGUGGACGGGGAGCUGAGGAUAUCGCGGUCGCAGAGCGGCGACUUGUACAUUCUCGUGAGGGACGACCCGAACGACUGA